AUGGAGGUGGAGGACGGACGGUUCGGAUCUGAGAUCCUGGUGCACGAGUACGAGCUGGCUCCCUCUGGGCCACCGAGGCUGCGCCACGCUGUCGAUUCAAUCGGUGUCAAGAACGAGGACAUGUUCACCGCAUACACAUGCAACACCUCCCCCUGUGAACCAAUAUCUGAUGGUGCUGGCUCUUUUGAUUCCCUUUCUUCUGGGAGACAAGACUGCUGGUCUUUUUUCUGCCUUUGUGAUGGCCACAAUGGAGGAGGGGCAUCAACAUUUGUUGAGGAACACCUGUGGAAUGAACUGAGCCAGCGCCUACCAACUCACCUGCCCACAUCAUGGGAUUCAGAGGAGGGCAAGGCCUGCACUGCUCAAGUGAGGACUGCUGUGCUGGAUGCACUUGUAGUAGUGGAUGCUGCAUUUCGGACACUUCAAGUGCAAUCAGGUUGUGCUAUUACUGUGGCAUUAGUUGGUGGCUGGAUGCUGACUGUUGCCAAUCUUGGGGAUGCUCUUGGCUUCCUUGACACCGGCACACAUAUUGUAGAUAUGACAGUAACCCACCGGCUGCAUGACAGCAAACUUGAGCAGGGUCGAUUGCUCAAGGCUGGUGUUUCUGUCGCUCCCAUGUCUUUGUCCCUGAGUGGACCAGCUAAACAUGGAGAAGAAGGGUCAGGAUAUUUGAGAGUUUGGCCUGGAGGCUUGGCAGUGUCAAGAUCAAUGGGUGACAUCGAUGUUAGGCCAGAGGUUGUCUGUUUGCCGCACAUCCGACAGGUUGUUGUUCCACAAACUGGAGGACGUUUUGUCACAGCGUCCGGAAGUGUGUGGGAUAUGGUAUCUAAAAUGAAGGCCUUGAAGGUUGCACGGAAAGCCCAGCUGGAUGAUGCCCCCGCCAAAGUUAUUGGGCUGGUUAAGGCGGCCACAUGUUUCCAGCUUAGCAGUGAUGUCAUAGUUGCGGCAGUGGACAUCUUGCCUGCCGGUGUGGAUGACUUUACUAUGGCUGUGAAGGAGAUCAAGCCUCCAAAGGGGCUGCUUCCAAGAUUUUUUGCUAGGAAGCCGGUGACCACUCUGCCAGGUGUUGUCUACCUUGCAAAUGUCGACACCAUACAGGAACGGCCGCCAGAAAUUUGUUGGCCAGAACCUUCAUCUAUUAUGGGAAGCCAUUCCAUCAUAGGCACCCACUCCUUGUAUUCAUCAGCGCAAUCGCUGCAUGUGCCUUCAUCUAGUGCCCUGCUUUCUUGUGGUGCCCUUCUUUCUCCUGGCCAAGCACUACUGUUCCCUGGUCCCCCGACUGCAGACCGCACGCCACAGAUGGAGACGGAAGGAAAUGAAGGAGUAUCGUGGACAUUGAACCCUUUGUCACUAACAACGGGCAGUCGAAAUAGGGAACCUCCACAAACACAAGACCGCAGAAUGGCAAGGAGCCCUGGCGCUUGUGACCUCCUGGGUAGCUCAUCAGAAGAGGAGGAUGGUGAAGAAAUAAGUGCAGACAAUUUCCUGUAG